UAGGGAAUCCGAUCGGACUCGGAUCCCUUCCAUGAAUCCAAAGAAGAAAAUAGAGGAAACAAGCAGAGGAGAAGCUCUCUCUCUCUCUCUCUCUCUCUCUCUCUCUGUGUGAGCAAGCCAUUCCCAUGGCCUCCGCCAUCGAUGUCCUCCGUUCUUGCCUCGAUUCCAUCCGCCAGAUUUCCGAUGAGGUUUCGGAUGCUGUCGUGUAUCUCGAUGCUGGUUGUUUGGAAGCCUUUCAGUUUAUCGGGGCCUUUCCUCUUUUGCUACAACUUGGUGUGCGCGCUGUUUGUAGUUUGGAGAACAUGUCUUCUCUUGAUACUGUUGUGGAUUGGAACUCCACAUUUGAUAGCCCUGCUAAGAAGAUGAUAAUUAUGACGUCCCGCCUUCUUAGCGAUGCUCAUCGGUAUAUUCUGCGUUGUUUGGACACUCAUCAGACCAUUGUCCAUUGUACUAUAUUUACAUCGAUCUCAGAGAUAGCUCACUCUGCAUAUGUUGACUCUCCUUUGGGUCCUGAUGCUUUUCAUGAGUAUGAAUCUCUGCUUCUGCAAGACUAUGAAGAGCACAGAAAGAGGUAUGAAAAAAAGGGACCUCCGUUACUUCAAAAUAAGAAUAUCAGACAGUCUACAGAUGGUGACCCCCUUCCCCCGCUUCAACAUGAGAAAAUCUCAGAGCCAGAGGGUGUUGGCCAUCAAGCAGCACCAAACUUAGAGGAUGUUGGUUGGGCCGCAAUGGAUUCCAGCACUGAUGAUGAUCCUAAUGUUGAAAGAUAUUCCAGAAGAAGGGAUGCGUAUGAUGAUGGCGCCAUCAACUCUUUGGAAGUGGACGAUUUGUCCUCUGCAAAAUUGGUUGUGUCUGUACGUCAUUUCCCAAUGAUUAUUUGCCCGCUCUCGCCAAGAUCUUUUGUUUUUCCUUCGGAAGGAAUAAUUGCAGAGGCGUGCUUGUCGAAUGAAAGUGAAGAUGCUCUUAGCCCUGGUCUGCCUUCCAUUUGCAGUGGUCUACCUUCUGAUGGUGAUGACAUUCCUCCUGGGGCAACACUGACUGCUCAUUUUCUUUACCAUAUGGCUGGCAAGAUGGAUCUGAAGAUGGAAAUAUUCUCACUGGGUGAUUUAUCCAAAACCAUAGGCAAGAUGUUGACAGAUAUGUCAAGUCUGUAUGAUGUAGGCCGCCGUAAUAGAAAAUCUGCUGGUUUAUUGCUUGUUGACCGCACACUUGACCUUCUCACGCCCUGCUGCCAUGGGGACUCGAUUGUUGAUCGAGUUUUUUCCUCUUUGCCACGCAGGAAAAGGAUUGCAUCCAUUUCAGCUUCAAGAAGCUCACAAGUUCCAAGCAAGUCUGCUGCCAGAGUUGAACGUCCCUCACUUGAUCUAAGAGUACCCUUUGAAACAGUAUUUAGUGAAGAACCAGCAAUGAGUAACCCUCAGCUGCGUGAAAAUAUCAAAGCUUUUAGUUCAGGUUGGAACUCUAAUGGAGUCAAUGGAAGUGCUGAUAUUGUUGAGCAUGCUGAGAAGGAUCAAGAUAAUCUCUUGGACAAUGAGAUAAGCUUAUUGAGUGGUUCGUUUCUAGCUGAAACUAUAGGAGGUAACUACAUGGAGGAAUUACUAGUAAGAAAAUCUAAAGAUGGGGUCAUGCUUAUAAAGAAGUUGAUUUUGGAAGCCCUGAAGCGUGAAAAUGUCACCCCAAACACAAAAGGUCGUUUGAGUUUGGCGAAAGAUUUGGAACUCCAUGGUUUAGUUAAGAAGUUGGCCAUGAACGAGUUAUCUUUAAUCAGGAACAGAUGGAUUAUCCAGCUGGCGUUAGCUUCUGAAAAGGCACUUAGCGAACCACAUAGUUCCCACUGGGAUGCGUUUCUGAGUGCUGAAAGGAUCCUGAACAUAAACUCUUUAGACACUAGUCAUAGUCUUUCAAGUCAAAUUCGUGAUCUCAUAAAUACUAGUGUCACAGUGAGAUCUUGUGAUGCGAACAAUAGCACGGGAGCAUCCCAGAGCUUGCUCUCCUUUCAAGAUGCACUGCUUCUGUCCAUGAUUGGAUACAUCUUGGCUGGUGAAAAUUUUCCAACAUCAGGUUCCAUUGGCCCAUUCUCUUGGGAAGAGGAACACUCACUUAAAGAAGCUGUGGUGGACGCCAUCCUUGAAAACCCAGCUUGCACAAACCUCCGCUUCCUUCAUGGUUUAGAGAAGGAGCUUGAAGCUAAUUCAAGAAAGACAGAGUCUGAGGAACAUGGCGGCGGGGCUGCUGCAAAUUCAACUACGGUGGUGGAGGAUUUCGAUGAUCAGUGGGGUAGUUGGGAUGAUGAAGAUACUGAUCAAAAUAACGAUCAAGCUUAUGGGGACAUGCAAUUUAAAUUGGAGUUGCGUGACAGAGUAGAUAAUCUUUUCAAGCUCUUCCACAAGCUAUCUAGUCUAAAGCAGCGACAUUCAACUUUCAAAGAAGGGCUGAUACCAUCCGAAAGUAAUUAUUUAGGUGAUGCUAACAGUAGAAAAGGAUUGUUGUAUAAGCUGUUAAACACCUUGCUGGCGAAGUAUGAUGUGCCUGGGUUGCAAUACCACUCGUCAGCAGUUGGCCGGUUUCUAAAGAGUGGGUUUGGUAGAUUCGGCCUUGGACAGGCAAAACCAUUGCUUGGCGAUCAAAAUGCAAUCAUAAUUUUCGUUGUCGGGGGCAUUAGCAGUGUUGAGAUUGUGGAAAUUAUGGAGGCCGUGUCAGAGAGCAGUAGACCGGAAAUAGAAUUUAUUGUUGGGGGCACAACUCUAUUAACACCAGAUGACAUGUCUGGAUUGUUAUUGGGAUCGUCUAGUUACCUCUGAUGUUCGGCGAAAGUUAAAAUGUUACGCGAUACAUCAUGUGAAGAUCAUGCCAUGAAUGUUAACUUCUGAAGCAAAACCCGAAAGCACUGAUUGCUUCAGUAGCACAAUCAAUCAAUUCUAAAGGCAAGGACGGGGGUAAUAAGAUCGGCAUUCGAAGCAUGACCUUCAUCCUUUUGCACAGAUACAUACUAAUGUAAGUUGAACUAACAAGAUUAUUAUCGGAUUCGCAGAUUUGAAGCCGGAAAUUACAUAUAAAUGUAACUGAUUGAAAGAGGUGAACAGCAAGUAUACUUUUUUAGCAUGUAUGUAUCUGGAUGUUCCUCUUUUUUUUUUUAAGGAAAUGGAAUUGCAUGGUGGAUGGUUUGAGAUAA